UUUUUUGAACACUUGAACAAAGAAAAGGAGGUAGAGGAGCAUAUGUACGGUGACGCAAUUACUGGGAUGUAUGUGCGGUGUACCAUCGGAAUAGACCGGAAGCCCAAGUACAAGCUAACUGGUUCGUUGUGUGCCUUCUCAGCCAAUGUAAAUAGUCGAAGAAACUAUUGCGACUCUGACUCCUCGCUCGGGAAAGCUUCAGUGGCCAUUCGUCUCUUCAACAAACCAGAACAAUUUCUUCUUCGUGAAGAAGUUUGCAGUGUAAAAAAAUUAAAAGUUUUUAAUAUAAGAAGAAAUAUAAUCGAAUCGGCUCAAUAUAAAUUUUUAUUGUCGCCAUUAUCAAUACGAUUAUUAUUAUCGUCGAAACAUCGCUCGAGAUAA